CUCCAAGUUAUUCUCACUUGCCGCUCCGGCCCCACACACGCGGAUGAGAAGGCGAUGAGCAACCGAUCAGCAAAACAAAAAAAAAGGCGAAAUAACCGGUUUAUAGUGACGAGAGGGCCAACAAUUAGGAACGCGGGUACGGAUUUUCGACUUUAAUCACGUUAAUGCGUGAUAUAUCAACAAUAUCAGACACCGGAAAUUGUUGGAUACAGUUUGGAAUCAACAAUAUUUUGAAUCAAUAUUUGAGCAGCCUGAAAGCAGAAUAAUUCGGAUAUUAUGGCACCAGCUCGUUGGCGGCCAUAAAGCAGAGCGUAUUCUAAGCCCAAUGUCUCUUCUCUGGAAGCCCUAGCACCGGUGUCUUCCUCUCCUGUCAGUGGUGGCGUCCCCUGUAUGAGCAUGUCGGCAGCACAAACUCAGAAGGAUAGCGAGGGUCCCUGGGGAGUGGACUCCCUGGGCUUGAGCCAGAGAGAGCUGGUACUGGCUGAAGCCCUACAGAUGGAGUAUGAUGCCCUGUCCAGACUCAAACAGGACAAGGGGGGGGACAGCCAGGGGACCAGCAGCCAGGGUGGUGGGAAGGUACCAACGCUACCCCCCUGGGAGGGCCAGAGGCAGGUCGAUCGCCCCCUCCCACCCCGCCCCAGCCUUAGUCCUCCUGGAAGGAGUUUGCUAAGAGGGUUAUCUGGCUCGCACCUCUCCCUCCACCACCUCCCGCCUGGGGGGUCCCACUCCCCACAGCCCUCCCCAGCCAGGGCCAGGGAGCCCAUCUAUAUUCUGGAGAGUCCAGGGAAGGGAGACUACUUGAGUUCCAGCUAUGGGGAGUCUGGGUCUAGCUUUGGUUCUUCUCUGACUCUGCCUAAAGGCUUCCCCCCUUCUCAUGAUGACCCUCCUCCUGCUGUACCCCCCAGGACCCCUCUACUCCCCUCCUCUGAGCCCUUCCUGCCCCCCCGACCCACUACGACUCCCCGAGAUAUCAACCUGUUCACCCCCGAGGUGGACCAGCCCAAACUGUCGUCAGGGGAGACGCUAAACUACGAGAGCCUCAACGACGCUCUCGCCAAGCUCAAUGGGGAUUUGCCAUCGCCAAGGUGUAGGCGGGCCAACGGGGACCAAUCAGGGAAGCCCUUGGGUCGAAGCAUGACCCUCCCCCCUCAGGUGCCCCCCCGCACCUACGUAUCUAUCCAGAAGAGCAACAAGAACCAGCACAGAGUGUCGGCCGACCCGGUGUCCCUAGGCACCAGGCUCAAUGGUUUUGGCUAUGAGCUCUUCCAGGUGUCAGAGGAGAGAGAUGAGGAGGUGGCCGCCUUCUGCCAUAUGCUCGAUGUAUUGCGGUCAGCAUAUCCGUGCAGUGACCAGUCUAAGAACACAGGGUUUGUGUGGUCACCCUCAGUGGGGCCUGAAGAGCUGCAACAGGGGUUAGGGGUCAGCGUCAAGGUUACGGUUAUCAGCGACCACUUUAGAGAACCACUCACCUUCACCUGCGACGGGUCGUCUACGGUAGACCUUUUGAUCUACCAGACGUUGUGUUAUGCUAAUGAAGACCUCGAUCACAUUGCCGUCGACCACUACCUCCUCAAAGUCUGCGGUCAGGCCGAGUUCCUACAAAAUUCCCAGACGUUGACAGGGUUGGAGCAUAUCCAGCUGUGUGUGAAGUUUGACUGGGACAUUCGUCUCUUCCUCACCAAGAGAGGCUCUGUCAACACAGAACUGUGCCGCACGGAGGAGGAUGAUGAGACGGCCUCUAUGAUGAACCACAGCAUCCUGCUGCAGGAGCGACCAAUCAAACAGACAGUUACUAGGGAGGCUUUGACUCUGCUCCUGGACACCUUUCACAACGAGUCUGAGUCCUUCCUUCUAUCAGAGGUGGAGCUUGUGUUGCACGUGGAACGGCUCGUCCAAUCAGUGAAGGCUCUCUGCAGUUCCCUGGCUGCUGUGGAAACGCCUGACAUCACAUCCGCCCUCAACCAGCUUCCAGCAUGCCCCUGUCGUCUGCAGCCCAGAGUCCAGAAGGAUUCGUCAGUGCUGGCCAUCAGAGAGAACAGAGAGAAAGUGGUGGAGAAGCUGACGGUGGCCAUUUUAGAUCUGGUGGAGCUGUACUGCAGCACAUUCAACGCUAACUUCCACACCACGGUGCAGAGCAACCAGCACACGGCGCCCACACAGGAAGCAGGCCUGGUCACCACCGUCCUAUCCUUUAGUGUCUACGCUGCUCACCGCAUCCCCAUCACAUGGGCGGCCAGCUACGAGGGCUUUUUCCUGUCGUGCUCUCUGACCCAUGGAGGGGCGGAGCUUUGUGCCCCCCAGCACACCAGCAAACAGCAGGUCAGCAAGUACCUGUUUCACCUGGUAGUCUGGGACCAGAGGGUGUGUUUCCCAGUGCAGAUCAACCAGUUGCCAAGGGAGACCCAGCUGACAGUGACUCUGUAUGCCAGUGCUCUACCACCCCCUGGAGGAGUGGAAGAGAAGGGUAGUAAGCAGCGGCGCAGCAUCGAAUCCCUGGGCUGGGUCACCAUGCCCCUCUUCAACUUCAGACACAUCCUGACAUGUGGGAGGAAGCUACUGGGCCUGUGGCCUUCCACCCCAGGAAGUAACGCUCGCUCCAGCUUCCCCAACUUCAGCCAGCCUGACAGCGUCAUCCUGCAGGUGGACUUCCCAACGUCGUCAUUUGAGGUGGGCUUCAGUACCCCCCCUCCUGCAGAGUUCAGCCCCCAGUAUGACUUCUCCAGACUGGACCAGCACAGCCAGAGACAACUACAGGACGUUCUGCACAAGAAGUCACUUUUCUGGUUGACUCCAGAGGACAAGCGUCUGUUGUGGGAGAAGCGUUCGUUCUGCCAGUCAGAGAGUGGUGCCCUGCCCCUGGUGCUGGCUAGUGCCCCCUGCUGGGAGUGGGCAUGUCUGUCAGACAUCUAUGCCCUGCUCCGCCAGUGGGCAUGUCUCAACCACCACCACGCACUGGGCCUGCUGCAUGCCGCGUUCCCUGAUCAGGAGCUGAGGCAUACUGCAGUACAGUGGAUGGACUCUAUCUCUGACCCUGAGCUGCUGGACUUCCUACCACAGCUGGUGCAGGCUCUGAAAUAUGAGUGUUACCUGGACAGCCCGUUGGUGCGUUUCCUGCUACGGAGAGCCAUAGGGGACAUGCGCAUCGCACACUAUCUCUUCUGGUUGUUGAAGGACACUCUGCAGGACAGUCAGUUCAGUGGGAGGUACCAGCACCUGUUAGCAGGCCUGCUGUGCUGUGUGGGUCGGGGUUUCCGAGAGGAGUUUGACAGACAGUGCUGGCUGGUCACCAUCCUGGCUAAAGUAGCCCAACGUGUCCGGGACACCUCUCCCUCCAGCAGACAGGCCAUCCUUCGGGAGGGACUGGAGGAGGUCGGGCAGUUCUUCUCAGUCAGUAGCAGCUGCCGUCUCCCCCUCAACCCUGGCAUGCUGGUCAAAGCCAUCAACAUACAGUUGUGUUCCUACUUCAACUCCAACGCCGUGCCCCUCAAACUGUCCUUCCAGAACCUGGAUCCUCUGGGAGACAACAUCAAUGUCAUCUUCAAGUCAGGUGACGACCUGCGCCAGGACAUGCUGACCCUGCAGAUCAUCCGCAUCAUGAACAAGAUCUGGAUCCAGGAGGGGCUGGACAUGAGGAUGGUGAUCUUCAGAUGUUUUUCUACCGGACGAGGCAGAGGUAUGGUGGAGAUGAUUCCCCAGGCUGAGACUCUGAGGAAGAUCCAGGGGGAACAUGGAGUGACUGGUUCCUUUAAGGACCGCCCCCUGGCUGACUGGCUACAGAAACACAACCCCACAGAGGACGAGUAUGAGAAGGCUGUUGAGAACUUUAUCUACUCGUGCGCAGGCUGCUGCGUGGCCACCUACAUCCUGGGUAUCUGUGACCGCCACAACGACAACAUCAUGCUAAAAACCAGCGGUCACAUGUUCCACAUUGACUUUGGCAAGUUUUUAGGACACGCCCAGAUGUUUGGCAACAUCAAACGGGACCGUGCUCCGUUUGUGUUCACCUCUGACAUGGCCUAUGUCAUCAACGGAGGAGACAAACCUUCCAGUCGUUUCCAUGACUUUGUGGACCUGUGCUGUGAGGCCUACAACCUCAUCCGCAAACACACACACCUCUUCCUCAAUCUACUGGGACUGAUGUUGUCGUGUGGCAUUCCUGAGCUGUCAGACCUGGAUGAUCUGAAGUAUGUCUACGACGCCUUGAGACCUCACGAGUCUGAGGCUGACGCUACAAUGUACUUCACCAGGUUGAUAGAGUCCAGUCUGGGCAGUGUUGCAACUAAGUUGAACUUCUUCAUCCAUAACUUGGCCCAGAUGAAGUUUGCCUCAUCCGAGGAGCAUCCUGUCCUCUCCUUUGCCCCUCGGGUUUACACCCUCAAGACGGAUGGACUCAUCCGCAACCUCUUUGUCUGCCGACACAUACGAACGUACAGCUCCAGCAAAGGAUACGCGUUUGUGGUGAAGGUGGAGCGAGAGGGCCAGCAGGGGUCAGUGUUGGUCCAGAGGAGCUUUGAGGAGUUCUAUGAACUACACAGUAAACUACGCCUCGUCUUCCCCUCAUCCAAACUACCCAGUUUCCCCAGCCGGUUUUUGAUUGGGCGGUCUCGGGGAGAGGCGAUGGCUGAUAGGAGAAAAGACGAGCUCAACGGAUACGUCUGGCAUCUGGUGCACGCUGCACCCGAAGUCGCCCAGUGUGACCUCAUCUACACUUUCUUCCAUCCUCUGCAAAGAGACGAGAAACCUGGAACAGUGGUGAACACACUGCAGAGCAAACCUGCAGAGAUCUGUUGGGCUCCGGUCUCAGGCAAAGUGGUAGGAGAGGUCAAGCUCUCCAUCUCCUACAAGAGUGACAAGCUCUUCAUUAUGGUCAUGCACAUACGAGGCCUGCAACCCUUGCAGGAAGGGACAGACCCUGACCCCUAUGUCAAGCUGUACCUCCUCCCAGACCCCCAGAAAACCAGCAAGAGGAAGACCAAGGCCGCGCGCCGCACUUGCAAUCCCACCUACAAUGAGAUGUUGGUAUAUGACCGCAUCCCUCGUGGAGACCUGCAGCAGAGGGUUAUCCACCUACGGGUACUGGGGGAUGGUGCAUUCUGGGAAAACACCCUGCUGGGCGAGGCCUUCAUCCCUCUGAAGACUCUGACACCCGGACAGUGCUGGGCAGACUGGCACCAACUGGGCACGCCCAGCACCGACUCCACACACUAAGUGAGAGAGAGGUGGAGGGUGAGAAAGAGGGCGAGAAAUUACUAAUCAGGUUGGUGUGUAUGUGUGUGUGCACGCGCAUAGGUGUGUUCAGUUGUGAGAGUUGGUCUGGUUUAUUCCCCCAGUGGGGGGUGUGUGUUGACCUCUAUCAUGCCCGGGGGGUGGUGUGUGUGUGUUGACCCCUGUCAUGCCCAGUGGGGGUGUGUGUUGACCCCUGUCAUGCCCAGUGGGGGUGUGUGUUGACCCCUGUCAUGCCCAGUGGGGGUGUGUGUUGACCUCUAUCACGCCCAGUGGGGGUGUGUGUUGACCCCUAUCAUGCCCAGUGGGGGUGUGUGUUUGUGUGGGUGUCUGUAGACUCACCGACGGUCAAUCAUCACUGGACACUGUAUCCAUGGGACUGUACUAUAUGGACCUAUUGUUAGCCAGGCUGGCCUCUGACCACCAUAAAAAGGGAUAACUACGGACCAUGUGACCAGAAGGGAAGAUUACCAAUCUGUAUCUCUGGUGACUCUGACUACCAGAAUACCUUUCUCUGGUAACAACAUGGCCUCCCAAGACCAGGUCACAAGGACCAUGGGAGGAAGCAGAAGGCAUUACUACUCAUUGAAAACAUGGGGAGAAUCUCAAUUGCAUACUCCUUGUCCUCUCUCCUCAUCUCCUUCUCUAAACCCAUUGGAUGAGAGAGCCAGAGGUCCCACCCCUCUGACCUUCUCCUGCAAUGGGUUUUGAGAAGGAGGUGAGGAAAGAGGACGCGAGGAAUAUGCAAUCGAUAUUCUCCCAUGGACCACAUCUUUAUCUAGGGCCAACAGAUAGACGUCUGUCUUAUCGCCUGAUGAAAAAGACUUUGAAACAGGUUUAGUUCCCUUGGAAGUCAUGUCUUUUAAAAGAAAACCCUAAGUUAUUUAUUUUUCAAAUGGGACCCUUCUGUUAAUGCAGCUCCAUUUUGAGCUCUGUUUGGUUGUGUGGUAUAUGUAUAUUUUCAUUUCUGUGUACCCCAGAUUUAUGUAAAUUGUGAUAUGUGAAUUAUGUUGGGUCACUCUUUCUGAUUUGAGAGAGGGAAUGAAUGCUUUUGUACUGUUGUGGUGUAAAGAUGUACAGUACCCACUGGACCUGCCCUGGCACAUUACGGUAUGGGUCUACCCUGGCACAUUACGGUAUGGGUCUACCCUGGCACAUUACGGUAUGGGACUACCCUGGCACAUUACGGUAUGGGGCUACCCUGGCACAUUACGGUAUGGGUCUACCCAGACACAUGAAAGACUCUUUUUAGUCCACUCAGUCAGUGACUGUAGCUACUCUGCUGUAGAACUUGUAGGACUGUGCGCUGUGUGUUUGUGUCUUCCAUUGUUGAAUAGCUGUUGUUAUCCAAGCUGUACCUAAGCUUCAUUUGCCUAUUUGAUAAUCGCUAUUUGCAUUUCAAAUUUCUUAUUGAGAGAAACCUCAUAUGAAUCGCUUGUUUCUAUUUUUUGCUUUUAUCAAUGCCUUCACAAAUAUGUUUUUGCAUUAGUGCUUCUACACAACACAUACGUGGAUGUUGGGAGAAUCUAACUGUUUGCUGGGGCCAGAGAUGCACUGUAUAUCACAAAGAAAAUGCUCUUUCAAACACAAAACUGAAACACCAUUUAACUGCACCAUUCAACUGAAUCCAGUGGACAUAUUGCACUUGGAUUUAUUUCUCAUCCAUUUUUCACUUACAUUGGACUUUCAUGUUGUUUCAAACUACAAAGGGAUCCUGCCUAUGUAUUAUCCAGUACUGUAGCUAUAAUAGAAAACACAACAGCACACAGGAUAAGUGCAAAAUAAGGAUUGUGUGUGUGAUUUCAUACAUACCAGGGGGAAAAAAACUCAACAACAUGCACCUACAGCAGCAUCGCUCUACCCAUUUGUAUCUUGUCUUUGGGAAAUGUUGGGGUGUGCUGCACAGUCUUUUUUUUGGCAGUGAUUUCUCAUUUUCUUCUGUAAGAGGCUUACACACUGGCCCUGUUUCACUCUGGCAGACAGACACUGUGACCUCUCGCAAUGUAAAGAGUCAAUUUUCAUUGGAGUAAACUGCUUGUGGGCAGCGUACUAUAUCCACACAUAAUCAAUGUCUUAAUUCACUGAUGAGAGGGAAAGAUCAAGAUCAAUUCAUGAAUUAGGGCUAGGAGUUUUGACCUGACCAAGAAAUGACCUGACCAUGAAAAAUUGCCAAUACCUAGGACCAGGUUUAUUCCAGGUCCAAGUCACUUGUUCUGGGAAAAAAAACAACUUCUGGUCAUAUAUGGCUGUGAAGGAAGUUUUUCAAAUAGAGCAGUUAUUGGUAAGAUAUCAUAACAUCUUGGUGUCUGAUGUUUUCAGAUCACAAUACAAUUACAGACAGGCUAAUACAAGUUAAGGCUGGCUUUCAUAGGUGCUGAAAUGUAACACGUAAAAUUGAAUAUUUAGAUACUAUUUGGUUUGGUUUCCUUUAACGUCACAUACUGUUCAGCAUACUCUGCCUAGGAGUUACUGACCAGUUCACCAGCCCUGUACAGUUAUUUAUGAAUUUGUCUGAUUUAGCACAUGAAGAAUUGAUAUCUCUGAACAUGUUUAUUUUCCAGUUCAUUCAUGAUUCAUAAAGAGCACAGUUUUAGAAACAGGGAUAGGUAGUCUGAACAGGUGUGUGUUGAAUGACUAGAGGUUAGCCUCUCUGGGGCUAAAGAGCAGUAAUCAAAGAGCACUGAUACGCCUAACCCGGAACAACCAGUUUAACCACUGAACUCAUUCAAAAACAACACUUUAUUUGACUGCCUUUUGAAUGUGUCUGGUGGAUAUCUGCCUCUUUCUGUUUGAUUUCUAGAACAUGAACAACAUUUCCUCUGAGUUUCACAGCAGUCUGGAUGGCUGCACUGUAGCUUUAGGCUCUGCAGUGUGAAGUUACAAGGAAAACUAUAUGAUUGAAAGAUUACUUCUCCAUGUUGAGAGUGUAGGUGUUUGUUGUGUGCUAUAAAGCUGAUGACAGACAUUGAAGUGAAAGUGUCUGAUUUAUUUUAUGUGUGUCAGUUGUACCACUUUGGGGUAAAGGAAGCUUCCUCCUUGUCUCUUUUCCUUUCUGGUCUUGAUACUGUAGCUAAGAGGAGAGUCGUAUAGCUCUGGAUCUCUAUACAGUAAAGUACUCUGGGUAAAAGGGAUCGGAUCAAAAAUAUUGCUCUUGCCUCUCAUGUUUAAAUACAGACCAGUGAUUAUGAAUGGAAGGAGACUGGGACAGGGGUUCAUUUGAAGGCAUUGGGACUCCCAAACCUAGCCCCUAGCACCUAGCUGCUAUAUACUAAGUGUAGAUCUGAAAGGACAUGAAGCAAUAUGGUGAUCAUUUCACCAAGUUUACCAGGAGGUACCUGUCUAGAUCUUUUAGAUCUAUGUGAAGUGCCUAUCUGGUAGGGGCUAGGGGUAGGGGUCUAUUUGGGACUGGGUAAGGGUUUUACCUGGAUCCUUCCAGGUCAAUGGGACAGAAUGUACGUUUUUAAAAUGAACUGGAUCUUGUGUACUGUAAAUACUGAGAAUAUCAUUAAUGUGACCUAUUUCUUUAAUUCAGUAUAUAGUUCUAGUUGUUGUUUUCUUAAUUUUUGACCAUGUUAUGUAAUAUAAUUUGCACUAAAUAACAAAAUAAACUUGAAUUGAAAAGA